CCGAGGCCACCAAGAUCGACUACGAGAAGAAGAUCGUCUACAUCAACGACGACUCGCCCAUCAAGGGCGACAUGGCCCAGAGCGAGGUGCCCUUUGACAUGCUGGUCGUCGGUGUCGGCGCCGAGAAUGCCACGUUUGGUGCGUCGCUCCCCCUCCCCCGCCGCCCUGCCUGCCGCAGCACCGCUAACUCGAACAGGCAUCCCCGGUGUGCGCGAGAACGGCCUCUUCCUCAAGGAGGUCGGCGACGCCCAGCGCAUCCGCAACCGCAUCAUGGACUGCUGCGAGUCGGCCACGUUCAAGGACCAGUCGGACGAGGAGAAGCAGCGCCUGCUGCACAUGGUCGUCGUCGGCGGCGGUCCUACCGGCGUCGAGUUUGCUGGCGAGCUGCAGGACUUCUUCCACUCGGACCUGAAGAAGUGGCUCCCGGAGAUCCAGGACAACUUCCGCGUCACCCUCGUCGAAGCCCUGCCCAACGUCCUGCCCAUGUUCUCCAAGCAGCUCAUCGACUACACCGAGCAGACGUUCAAGGAGGAGACCAUCUCCAUCCGGACAAAGACCAUGGUCAAGAGGGUCACGGAAAAGUACAUCGAGGCUGAAUCCGUCGGGCCCGACGGCAAGAAGAAGCUCGAGAAGAUUCCCUUUGGCCUGCUGGUGUGGGCUACCGGCAACGCUCUCCGACCCCUCGUCAAGGAUCUCAUCAACCAGAUCCCCGCGCAGAAGGAUUCGCGCCGUGGCCUCGCCGUCAACGAGUACCUCGUCGUCAAGGGCACUGAGAACGUGUGGGCUGUCGGCGACUGCGCCGUAGCCAACUACGCCCCCACUGCCCAGGUCGCCGCCCAAGAAGGUGCCUUCCUCGCCCGCAUGUUCAACCAAAUGGCAAAGACGCAGGACAUCGAGUCCCAGCUCGAGGAGCUCUCGGAAGUCCAGGAAAAGGCCCCCAGCAAAGAGACGCGCAAUCAUGCUUUCGAGGAGAUCAAGAGCUUGCAGAAGAGCCUCAGGAGGGUGAAGCAGAUUGGACCUUUUGAGUACUCGCACCAGGGCUCCCUUGCCUACAUUGGAUCCGAAAAGGCCGUGGCCGAUAUCUCGUGGUUCUCGGGUAACAUUGCCAGCGGCGGCACCGUGACGUAUAUUUUCUGGCGCAGCGCCUACCUCAGCAUGUGCUUCAGCACCCGCAACAGGAUCCUCGUGCUCAUGGAUUGGGCCAAAGCAAAGGUCUUUGGUCGUGACGUCUCACGUGUCUAACGCACACACACACACACUCUCUCUCUCUCUCUCUCCUAGCCACUGUGUUCCCGGUUCCUUGUCCCAGGGUUUUCUGUACGACAACGACCAUGUCGUGUAUAGAGUAUAGUGUAUUCAGCUUCUGGUUUCUUCGUCCGACAUACCAGCUUCUCUUCCUUCCCUCUUUUCUUCCAUCUCUUUGGUGGUCCAGCAGCUCCUUCCGCCGUGUAUAGAAUUUGCGUUUGGCCUUUUGGAUCCUGGUUUGGUGUGUUUUCCGUUCUGAUUUGCGUUUGUUCGAAUAGACGAAAAGAGGGAGUUUCAACAUCGGCAUGGGUUAGAUAGAGGCCACGUCUCUUUUUUGUAGUAGGCAAUGUGGAAAUCUUAACUACUGGAGUGGUGUGACAUGACAUGAUAUGACAUGGCAUGACAUGAUCAUGACA